CCCGCCCCACUUCCCCUCCUUCAUCUCCGUGCUUUGGUUUGAUAAGAUUUGAUCUGUAGACGACGACGCUGCCUCGUGUGAUCUGAUCGGAAGCUUGGAUCUCGGGUCGGAGAGGAGCCCCGGUUCGCGAUGUCGAUGCUCGACGCUUUCUUCAACAAGGGUUUCAAAGGGGCGAAAUGCAAAACGCUGUUGAAGCUGACGAUUCCGAGAAUAAAGUUGCUGCGUAAUCGAAGGGAGAUUCAGCUGAAGCAGAUGCGGAAGGAUAUUGCCAAGCUUCUUGAGAAUGGCCAAGAAGCCACUGCUCGAAUUCGGGUGGAGCACAUAAUCCGGGAGGAGAACAUGAUGGCAGCACAGGAGAUCCUUGAGUUGUUCUGCGAGCUCAUCACUGUCCGUCUUCCCAUAAUAGAAACACAGAGAGAAUGUCCAUUAGACUUGAAAGAAGCAAUUUCCAGCAUCUGUUUUGCUGCACCACGAUGUGCAGACUUGCCUGAACUUCAGCAGGUGCAAAUGUUAUUUGCUGCCAAAUAUGGGAAGGAAUUUGUGAUGGCUGCAACUGAACUGUUGCCAGAUUGUGGAGUCAAUCGCCAGAUAAUUGAACUGCUGUCAAUUCGUGCUCCUUCAGUGGAAGUAAAACUAAAGUUGUUAAAAGAAAUUGCUGAGGAACAUGAGUUAGAUUGGGAUCCAUCUACCACUGAAAGUGAGUACCUCAAGCCACAUGAGGAUUUACUGAAUGGUCCGAACAAUUUCACAAAUGGAUCUACAUUGCCUCUUCCACCCCAGAAACAUGAUGCAUUAUCUUCUGAUGAUGUGGAGGAGUCUCUCACAGAACCUGAUUCGGAGGCAGAUUUUGAUUCCUUGGAUCUUCCUGAAGUUCCAAAAGAUUCAGUUCGAGCAGCUUUGGAUGUUCCAUCAGCUUCAGGAAAUGUUUCAAACCUACCAUCUUCGAUGCAUGACCUUGGACUCGAUCACCAGGCUUCCAAAUCCAUUCCAGAUGAGGAUAUGCCACAUGUGCCCUCCAUGGCACCUGCAGGAAAUGACCUGGAGCCAUCGAUUGCUUCCCCAUACAACCAUCUCAAUGUGGAACACAAACAAUUUGUGCCGUUUGCUAGUUCCCCAUCUUCUUUUUCAGUCUCUGCACAACAAAAUGAGUCUCUUCCUCCACCUCUCUCUUCUAUGUCAGAAUCUUUGAAGCCUAGCCAGCCAGCCCACCCUCCACCACUGUCCUCUUCUAUUUCACUGUCUCCAAAACAAAGUGAACCAGCUCUUUCUCCACCAUCGUUGUCUUCUUUGCCAGAUAAUCAGGACCAAAAUGAACCGCCUCCAUCUCAUCCAUUGCUGUUUCCUGUUGCUUCAUCUGCAAAGCACAGCGAGCCGAUUACUUCUGCAGUUUCUUCUACUUCAUUGCCCUCAACUAAGAAUGAGUUAGCAGCCUCGCUUUCCAGGGAAAAAAGUGAGAUAAACGUUGACUUACAGGACAUAUUAGCAGCUGCCCAAGCUGCAGCUGAAACAGCAGAACGUGCUGCGAUAGCUGCACGAGCAGCUGCAAACCUUGCUCAAGUUAGAAUUACUGAUCUUGCCACGAAAAGGAGCAACAGGACUUCUGAAAGUUGUGGAGAUGAACUUCAAGGGGAAGGCUCUGAGCAUGCAAACAAUUCUGCAAGACCGACGUUCCAUCAACAGUAUUCUUUUGGCAGUAAUAAGAACCUUGCUGCCUAUGGGCAGGAGUGGAAACCAGAUUCACCAACUCUUCCAUCUCAUGAGGUGCCUCUCUCUUCCCAUGUACCGCAGCGCUUGCCUUCCCUGGAGGAUGAUCCAUAUUUCUCAUACCCUAAUUUGUUCACAUCGAAAGACACAGAGGUCAAGUCAGGUAUUCAUGACUCAUCAGACAAUUCAGUGUCUCAUCAAACUUCUGAUUAGGGUGAAAAGGUAUGUUGCCUGGCACUUACUACUGUUGCUUAAAUAGCAUCCUGGAAACCUUUUAGUUGGUUAUGUUUCAUCCAUGUUUCAGUUUAGCAGACUCUUAAUCUCUGAAUGUGCUUAUAUAUGUAAAGCAAAUAUAAAUACUGCAAUAUAUUUUGAUUAUGUGCU